ACAAAAUUUUCCGCCUGUCCCAGCAUCCCGGGUGAUUAUCCUCCUCCUCGUCGUCUAUUUUUCUUCGCCCUUCGAGUUCAGCCUCAUCUGCAAGUGAGGCGUUUCUGCUGCUUACUACGUGGUCCACUCUUCGUUUCUAUGCCAGCUUAUUGAACAGACUUCUACUCUUCCAUCUUGGUCUUUGCCCGGUUUUUUUUUUUAAAAAAAGAAAACACACACAAGAAGAGAAGAGGGGAAGAAAGACAGUCUAGUUUAAAAAUUUUUUUGUCGCCCAAGGCACGCAUGGAACUCAGUCAUCGUAUCGUUGAUGCCAUAUGGCGCCCAAGCUUCGUUCUGAAGUAUCACGAAUUACAGGCAUAUCUUCACCCCUCCUCCGGGCGAACUGGCCCAGCUCCGUGGGAUCAGUCUCCCCUCAACCCUCGAAACCUAGUCGAUUCACUCAAUAACACCUCUUCACGGUGGCGAAUUGAUGGAGCCACCAUUUGCGGCACUUGUAUAUAUGUGAUACCCCUCGAUCUGCUCCCAACCCUUCCCCCACUAGGCAUCUUUCUCUUUCUUCUAGACCAAACAGAUUACCCUCCAGCUCUCCGGCACAGCCUUGACGCUUCUGUCAGUGUGCCACUAAGAGAUGGGCGCGCUAUUUCUGGACAAGGCAUCGCAAAGCAUCUCUGUCGUGCCUUGGACCAUUACUGCGCCCAAAACCCCGAUUUCCUUGAUCAGUAUCUCAGGUUGCCCUUUGGUUCCAAACUCAUCCUCGAGGAACUUGCGUCUGACCCUGCAAGCAUGAAGCUUGAAGUUGAGCGGGUCUAUGACAUUGAGUCGAAAAUGCUAACCGUAACAGCUCUCCAACAGUUGUGGUCCGAUGUUGCCAGGGAUGCUUGGCCGCCAAUACUCGACGUUCAUGAUCUACGCCUCAUUAGGCAGAUCAAUGAGGCUGUGAGUCUAGUAGAGACACCAGGAAUUAAGCUUUGUAUUCAGCCCCUUAGCAUCUUCAAGUCAGCCGCUGGUUCGUUGGAUCAUAUGUACCAUGAGCUUCAUUUGCUACUUACCUGUCCCCAACACCCGCACAUCAUGAGUCGGCCUCUGGCCAUUGUGACGAAGAAGGCUUCGUUUGGCGGUAAGGACGGAGUUGUUGGCUUUUUGCUCCAGUAUUUUCAAGCUGGUUCGAUCCGUGACAUUCUCCCUAAUCGACAGCGUUCUGGUACACUGCUGAAUUCCGUCAAACUUCGAUGGUGUCGUCAGAUAGCCUCCGCACUAGCUCACCUGAAUGCGACAGGGAUAUUCUAUUCCGAUUUACGGCCAGAUAAUGUGCUGCUGGAUAGCAACCGGCCUGAUGCUGGUGUCGUUUUAUGUGACUUUGAACAGCGGGGCAACUGGUACGAGUGGUGUGCUCCCGAGGUCCUAUAUCGACAAUAUGCCGAAAACAUUCGAUCCCGCCUUCCUGCACGCGUCAUCAACCCACCAUAUGACCGUUUGCUCAAGGGUUAUCAUUACUCACAUAGCCUAUCCGACUCAAAAUGCUAUACAUCCGCUGAAACCCACAUCGAGUCCAGUAACCGUGCGUGGUUCGCCCUACCAGCUGCGGCGCGGGAGAAAGCUACCGUCUACAACCUUGGACUUUUCAUCUACACGGUUUUUGAGGGCUUAAGUAACGUUGAAUGCAAUAUUGCGAACCAGUUUCCAAAUGAACAAGAGGUGGAGUUCCCGGUCUUUCGAAGAACCCCAGACGUCAUAAGGGAACUUAUCCAAAGAUGCGUCGCUGAUACCCCUGACCGGCAAGUAGAAGAAUUGGAGUCUGGGCCUUUUAGAGUAGUCCGCAGGAACGGACUGCUAUACCCCAGAACGCGGACUGAUUUAGAGCGUAACACGUACGAAACAGUCACCGCCGUCAUGGAUAGUGCCUUCAGGUACUGGGCCAUUGAACUGGCGUGCGCGGAAAAGUUUCUUGAGAGCCCAAUGUGGCCGUCAGGUAACUUUGGACACAACAGACCAUCUCUACGAGAUGUUUCGGAUAUUCUUGAACGGCUUCCAGAAGAUUUUGAAGAAUGAACAUCAACCAACUAAAC